AUGCACUCUCACUUUCUUUUCCAUUUUCUCCUUGUUUUUUCUCCCAUUCUUUCUUUCUUUAUUACCUUCUUUCUUUCUUUCUUUCUCACUCAUCAUUCUUUCUUUCUUUCUUUCUUUCUUUCUUUCUUUCUUUCUUUCUUUUUUGAUUCUUUCUUUGUCAGUUUCUUUCUUUCUUUCUUUUCUUUUCCAUUUACUUCAUUGUCCAUCUUUCUUUCUUUAUAUUCUUUCUUUCUUCAAUAUUACCUUCUUUCUUUUUUCUUUCUUUUCCAUUUUCUCCUUUUUCUUUUUUCUCCAUUCUUUCUUUCUUUAUUAUACUUUCUUUUCUUUUCUUUCUUUGUUUUUUUUGUCCCAGUAUUUCUUUCUUUUACUUUCUUUUUAUUUCUUUCUUUCUUUUUUCUUUCCAUUUUCUUUUCUUUUUCUUUCUUUCUUUUUUCUAUACUUUUGAUUCUUUCUUACUUCAUUUCUUUCCAUUUCUCCUUCUUUUUCUCCAUUCUUUCUUUCUUUUUAUUCUUUCUUUCUUCUUUUCUCUUGAAUAUGCUUUCUCUUUCACUUUCUUUUUCCAUUUCUUUUUCUUUUUUUCCUUUUUUUUUUUCUCCCAUUCUUUCUUUCUUUAUUACCUUCUUUCUUUCUUUCUUUCUCACUCAUCAUUUUUUCUUUCUUUCUUUCUUUCUUUCUUUCUUUCUUUCUUUCUUUCUUUCUUUUUUUCUUUCAUUUGAUUCUUUACUUCAUUGUCAGUUCUUUCUUUCUUUUUUUCUCUUCAAUAUGCACUUUCUUUCUUUUCCAUUUUUCUUCUUUUGUUUUUUUCUCCCAUUCUUUCUUUCUUUAUUACCUUCUUUCUUUUCUUUUUCUUUCUUUUGA